AUGAGAGUGACUACUGCCGGGCUGCUAUGGUCUGGUGCCUCGUUGCUCCAAGUGCAAGCCGUGCCGUCCGUCAAUGUCGCCGUGAAGACGGCAUUUAAUGCUCCGCCUUACCUUGUAGAACUCCUAGAGACUGCUGCAGAAGAGAAUACCACAUCCUAUUUCCCGCUUCUCGAUCGGAUAGCAGACGGAUACUUCGACGGGUCCACGAUCGAGCAAGAGUUGUAUAGCAAGUUCAGAGGUCUACUACAAGAGGAUGGACAUCUCACGAAGCCCGAAGAUUUGUCUUCCUUUGACUUCGCUCUAUCGAUACACUCUACAGCACCAAGGAUAGAGGCACACUACCAGUACUACAAUACUUCUGUACGACCAAGUUUGGGACAGGACAAGGAGGAUAUCUGCGGAACAUGGGCCUAUGUGCCGUUCAGCGGGCAGCGAUACUGCUCGCCGGAUCUGGCAGAGAGCAGCGCACAAGUAUUUGGCAAGCCGAGUGAGGAUCUGCACAAGUUAGCCUUCGAUCGAGUGCUUGGUGGUGAGCACAAUGGCAGACCAUCUGUGUUAUACGCCGACAUCACCUCUGAGUCUUUCAAGAAGUUCCACAAGACUAUGAGCAAGACAGCUCGGGAUAGCAAAACUUCUUAUCGCGUCCGCUACCAGCCAUCUACCAAUGCAGCAGCUCAGCCUCUAACUGUCAGUGGAUACGGUGUUGAGCUGGCUCUCAAGCGUACCGAUUAUAUUGUCAUCGAUGACCGAAAGGAAGGAGAAGAGGAACAGGCGCAGGCGCCUGCCGGCGAAACUACACUUGUGGAUGAUGAAGUCUCUGACCUCCGACCAUUGUCUUCCUCUGAGCUUCUCCGACUUGGUCUGAAAGCCUCGAGCUUCGUUAUGGCUAGCGAGUCGCCGUUCGACACUCUUCUGCGAUUGACUCAAGACUUUCCGAAACACUCCAGUGCCAUUGCCUCCACCAACGUUUCUACAGAGUUCUACACCGAGCACCAAGCAAACCGAGAAGCACUUCUGCCGCCUGGGUUUAAUGUGCUAUGGAUCAAUGGUGUACAAAUCAUGCCUCGCGAUGUGGACGCGUACUCUCUUCUCGAGCAUCUCCGUCGCGAGCGCAAGAUGAUCAGCAGUGUCCGAGAUCUCGGUUUGACAGGUCCGGAAGCCAUCAACUUGCUUGCCCACGAAGCCAUCACGGCAUCAGCAGUCGACCAGGAAGUGCAGCGGUACGAUUGGCGAGACGGCAGCGAAGGCGGCAAUGUCAUCAUGUGGCUUAACGAUAUCGAGAAAGAUAAGCGCUACGCAGAAUGGUCUGGCAGUGUCACUGCACUUUUGCAGCGCACUUACCCUGGUCAAUUACCCUCAGUGAGACGUGACAUCCACAACUUGGUCAUUACGAUCGACUUCUCGAAUUAUGCGGAUGUCAUGACUGUGGUCGACAGUCUGCAGACGUUCGUCAAGCGAAAGGUGCCGAUUCGAUUCGGCCUGGUGCCUCGCACCACUUCAGCUGCCGGCGUCGAACAGGCCAGGGUAGUAUACUACUUACUAGACCGCUAUGGCUUGGCACCGGCUCUGGACUAUCUGACCAAAUCUGUCACGGCGGGCGCACGCAAAUUUGGUGCACCACAGGAGAAGUACUUCACGCAGGCCACCGAUGACCGCAAGCUUCGCAAAGAUCAUGAAGCACUAACCUUUGAGGAUGUCCUAGCAGAUUCGAAGUUGGACGAACAGCUCAAGGGCGCGCAAGCCUACGUGAAGAGAUUGGGCGGCGAUGCGCAAACAAAGCCUCCAGUUCUUAUCAACGGCGCGCCCAUUGCUCACACAGACGAAUGGCUCCAGUCAAUGAGUCAACGAGUCAGUCUCGAUCUGCGUGUGGUCCAAACGGCUGUCUACGAAGGUGAGCUAAAUGAGGACACGUACCUACCCGAGCUGUUCUUGGGGAGCGCAAGUUUACGACGCAAUCCUACAGUCGUGCCCGAGGACGACAAAAACCUCAAGCACAUCGAUAUGGGCCAGCUCCCAGGCUUUGCAGGCCUGCCGAGUGUUCCUGCCAGUGUUGAUACGAUUGAGCGCGAACUCGUCCAAAUGACAGUUGUUGCCGACUUCGAAACGCGAGAUGGGUUUGCGCAGCUUAUGGAAGCUCUCCUUUUUCAACGACAGCAUGACAAUGUUGAGAUCGCGGCACUAUCAUCUGCAACGUCAAGUCGAGAGUACUCCUCAGACUUUCUGAAGUCACUACUAAGCGUAUAUGACGACGAGCUGGAGAAGACACCUACUGGGCAGGAAGUACCAAAUGGCGAAGAGGACUAUGCUCGUAGAUCGAGCGUGUACGAGAACGUGAUCGAGGCAGUGUCCCAAUCAUCGGAAGCUAGGAAGACUAUACAGCCAGCCGACCUUGAAAUUGUCGAUGCUAUCGGGCUCAGUGCUGGCGAAAAGGCGCUUGUCAUCAAUGGCCGAGUCGUUGGACCUGUCGCAGAACAAGUCGUCCUUGAGAUUGAUGACCUUGACGCAUUACUGUCAUACGAGCGCAAAAAGCGCUUGUUGCCUGCAGCCCUGGCUAUCGAGUCUCUACAACUCCAGGAUAAAGCUUCUUCGCCCCUGGCAUUCGCACUCAUCUCGAAUCUCAUAGCGCUUUCGCAGGUUUCAGACAUGCCAGAAGGCAUAUUCGAAGCGGCACCCACUGUUCGUACUGGUGUCUACAAGCAGUGGAACUCGACGCACACGGCUAUCAAGAUUGGAGAUCUGGAAACUGCCAAUAUCCAGAUUUAUUCGGCUCUUGAUCCUGCUUCGGAGAUGGCACAGAGAUGGCUUCCAGUCAUCAAGGCACUAUCAGAAUUGGAAGGUGUUGCCAUGACCUUAUUCCUGAACCCGCAAAACAUUUUGCAAGAACUACCUGUUAAACGCUUCUACCGCUACGUACUUGAUUCGAAACCUUCCUUCGAGAAAGAUGGCUCGUUACGACAGCUGAGCGCACGCUUCAGUGGCUUACCCGCCGAAGCUCUACUCAACAUCGGCAUGGACCUGCCUCCGUCGUGGCUCGUGGCGCCGAAGGACAGCAUGCACGACCUUGACAACAUCAAGCUUAGCGUUGUCAAAUCCGGUGCUGAUAUUGAGGCUACUUAUGAGCUCGAGCACAUUCUCAUCGAAGGUCACUCUCGGGAUGUCACUUUGGGGCCACCACCUAGAGGUGCACAGCUCGUGCUUGGCACAGAGUCAGAUGCUCAUGCUGCAGAUACUAUCAUUAUGGCCAAUCUCGGCUAUUUCCAAUUCAAGGCCAACCCUGGUGUGUAUAGUUUGGCGUUGCAAAAAGGACGCAGCGAGGAGAUUUUCCACAUCGACAGUGCUGGUACACUCGGGUAUGCUGCGCAGGCUGGCGACAACACAACUGAAAUCGCUUUGAUGAGCUUCCGAGGGGCUACACUCUUCCCUCGCUUGUCUCGCAAGCCCAAUAUGGAGGAUGAGGACGUACUGGAAGCAACCAAAUCUGCUCUGGAGAACCUGGCUGAAGGCACGGAGAAGGUCUUGGCUCAGGUCGGUCUCAAGAGCAACAGCGCUGGCAAGUACCUCUCCAAGGCUGCUAGACUAGGCACAUCUUUGAUCUCUGGCAAGCGCAUGUCGACUGACGUGUCGACAGAGGCCCACGCCGAUAUUAACAUCUUCUCGGUCGCUUCUGGCCAUCUCUAUGAGCGCAUGUUGAACAUCAUGAUGCUUUCUGUAAUGAAGAACACGAAACACAGCGUCAAGUUCUGGUUCAUCGAGCAGUUCUUGUCACCCUCAUUCAAAACCUUCCUGCCUACGUUGGCGGAAGAACUUGGAUUCAAGUAUGAAAUGGUGACUUACAAGUGGCCACACUGGUUGCGAGGGCAGAAGGAGAAACAGCGCGAGAUCUGGGGUUACAAGAUCUUAUUCUUGGACGUCCUUUUCCCACUCGACCUCGACAAGGUCAUCUUCGUAGAUGCCGAUCAGAUCGUGCGCACGGAUAUGUACGAGCUAGUGCAACACGACCUGAAGGGCGCACCCUAUGGUUUCACGCCCAUGUGUGACUCCAGGACAGAGAUGGAAGGCUUCAGGUUCUGGAAGCAGGGCUACUGGAAGAACUUCCUCAAAGGCCUGCCUUACCAUAUUUCGGCUCUAUAUGUUGUGGAUCUGAAGAAGUUCAGGCAGAUCGCGGCUGGUGAUCGGCUGCGACAGCAGUAUCAUCAACUGUCUGCCGACCCAGGCAGUCUAAGCAAUCUCGACCAGGACUUGCCGAACCAUAUGCAGAUGGUGUUACCCAUUCAUUCCUUGCCGCAGGAAUGGCUGUGGUGCGAGACCUGGUGCUCCGACGAGGCCCUCAAGGAAGCUAAGACGAUAGACUUGUGCAACAAUCCGCAAACGAAAGAGCCGAAGCUUGAUCGUGCAAGGAGGCAGGUUCCGGAGUGGACCAAGUAUGAUGAUGAGAUCGCUGUGAUAGCGAAGAAGCACAGAGAGACAGAAGCCACUGGGAGGCCCGUCGCAGGCGAUGCAUCGGAUGCUGGAGUGCAGGGCGAAGAAGAGAGUAUCCAGGAGAGGCUGCAGCGUGAGGACGCCGAACGAGAGCUGAAGAAGAACAAGAAGCAUGAUGAGCUAUAG